AUGGGAAGGGACUCCUCGAUGCUACAGCGUCGCACCGAGGCCGGCACAGCCAAGGCAAGCCGGCGAGAACGUGUGGAUGAGAAGGAGGAAGAGGAGGAGGAGGAGGAGGAGGAGAGGAGGGGGGGAGGCAAAAAUCGCACCUUGGGCACCUCCUGCACGCCACUGGUCUGGGAGCGUGCCUGGAACCUGACGCGGCAUCCAGCCGCCCGAAGUUCGAUUGUCGCCGGCGCCAGCCGGCACCCAGUCUGUGCAUUCGAUCUGUCGAACAGAGGCGGCUGCAUGGUCGACGUCUGCUCGGACAAAGGUAUAGGUGGAGUAGGAAGAGGAAGGGGACACCAGAGACAUCUCGUGUGA